UUUACAUAGGGAAGAAAAAGGAAUUUCGUUAUUUGAGUAAGCGCACUCAUUGUCUGUGCAGCCGAGUUUUAGUUAGAAAUGCCGAGACGGCAGUUGAUACAAAUGAGGUAUUCCAAGUUUAAUUGGGAAAAUUUUUGGCUUUACAAUGCAGACUAUAUUGUAUGGUUAUCUUGGAUUUUAAAGUACAAAAGCUACAUUAAUACCGAUUAUCUAAAUCAACUCUACAAUUUAAUAGAUCAUAUUCAGUAUAGUCAGGAAUCAUCAAAAACAAUUAAAAGUGCUUUAGAAAAACAACUGCAAAGUUUAAAAAAACAAAAUUCAAAAUAUAAAUGCAACAAAUCAGUUGAGUCUAUUAAUCUAUUUGUUACACAUGAAAGUAGUGACAAUGAUUAUAUAAAUCUUGAAGAUGCAGAAAAAAAUAUUUCACCAGAAUCAGAUAAUUAUUUUAUCCCUAAUUUUUUGGAUGAUGAAAAUGUGUGGCAGUGUUUGUGGCUAAGUCACUAUCAAGAACAGUACACUAUUUGCAAUAUUCUUUUUAAAGAAUACUGUAUAAAUCAAAUAAAUUUACUGCAAAAAGUAUGUUUAUUAGCAAGUUACAAUUUAUUAAGCAUAAAUAACUUUCAGAGUAAAACAAACAAGAAUGAAAUGAUCAAUUCCGUAGAUUCUCUGUUAAAAAAUAUUAGAAAAACGUUUGAAUCAAAAAUAAUUCUAAAAAAGUCGUUGAAAAAAACGUUACCUAAUGAAUCUUCAGGAAAUCACACUUUCCAUAAUGAUGUGGUCAACGAAAUCUUCAUCACAAAUAUAGAUCAAGUACAGAAAGCUUUAAGAUCAAUUGGUUUUGCAUACAAAAGUAACAACGAUUGUCAGCUACAAGGAGAAGUCACUUACAAAAAGAAAAAUAUUAAAUUUCUCAACAAAUUAUUACGAGUUAACAGGCCAUUUAAAAUGGUUCAUUUCACCAACAACCAGCAAGAAAAAUUGUCAGAGUUGAAUGGAAGCGUGACAUCUUUAGUUAGUAACUGUUGUGUUCUAAAUGAAUAUUCUAAAGCAAAACUUAUAAAAACCAAUCAUUCAGAUGUUGUGUCUGACAUGGAGAACAAAAAUAACAAAAGUCAUGUUCCUGAAUUGCAAGAAAAACAAACUGAUCAAUCAAAUACAGCUAUAGAAUCAUACAAUGGGGCCAAAAAAACAAUCAAAAAGCGCAACAAAAGUAAAAACGAAAAAUGGUGUAACUUACCUGAUUAUGUACAGAAAAAUCCAAGUCUUAAAAAAUACUAUGCAAAAAGGUAUAGAUUAUUUAGUAAAUUUGAUGAUGGAAUAGUUCUAGAUAACGAAAGCUGGUUUUCGGUCACUCCGGAAAAAAUAGCCAAGUAUAUAGCAGAAAGAUGUAGAUCAGAUUUAAUAGUAGAUGCUUUCUGUGGGGCUGGAGGUAAUUCAAUUCAGUUUGCAUUUACUUGUGAAAGAGUGUAUGCAAUAGAUAUUCAUCCUCAAAAGAUAGCAAUAGCUCGUCACAAUGCUCAAAUAUAUGGUGUUGCAGACAGAAUAGAAUUCAUUAUUGGCGAUUUUUUUUGUCUUGCUGAUAGGUUACUGGCUGAUGUCGUGUUCCUGAGCCCCCCCUGGGGUGGGCCAUCCUACAUUCAAGACAAAAGCUAUGACAUUGAAAAUAUAAUGCAACCAAAAGGUGGAAUUAAAUUAUUACAAACAGCAAAGAAAAUAUCAGAUAAUGUUGCUUACUAUCUGCCCAAAAAUAUCGAUACCUUGCAAUUGGCUAUGGCAGCUGGUGAAGGAUCCCAAGUAGAACUUGAGCAAAACUUUUUGGGUACACAGUUAGUUGCAGUGACAGCUUACUUUGGUGAUUUGUGAAAAGACUAAAAGUAGUAAUCAACUUGUAUUUGUAUUUCUGUGGUUAUCAGACAUAAUUGAUAAAAUGUUGUGAUUGUAUAAAUUUCUCUACAUAU